CAAACCUUCAUAGGAAGACGGGGAAAGAGAUUCAUGUUAAGUGCUUUUCCGAUUUUGCCCCGAAAUCAAUUAGAGUGCACUACGGUUAAACUACUGUUCACCUUGCGACUGAGAAACGAUUUCCCCAGGCGAAUGGAGUCGGACGAUAGCAUAGCGCCGGAACCUGGGACCAAUGAGCAACAGCCACGUCACCAGAACUCCGUUUCUCCCAAAUUUAAUGAAGAAGAAGAAGAAGCAGCAGAAGAAAAUCCUGUCAAUAGGAAUGAGAAGGAAGAACCCAAAACGACCUCGUUUCCUGAAUGCAAGGAUGUACUCAAAGCAGUAGAAGUGGUGGAGAGAGAUUCGGUCGCGAUCGCUCAGAGCUUCGCAUCUCUCUUCGCUUCUCUCCGUUUAGCUCUCUCUCAGGUUACAAGAACUUCUGUGGAUCACAUGAGUUGCUUCAGUGAUGCAGCUGGACGUCUUCAAGAAUCUGCUCUUGAUGCAGCUACAAAAGGAAAUCGUUAUAUAAAUUCCUGUCUCAGAUUAAACGAGGAAAUGAAAGGGAUUGACAAUCUUGCCUCGCAGUUAAAAAUCCUCAGGAGGAAUGUAGAUGCUUUGGAUUCAGCUGUAAAUAGGAUGGUUCGUCUUCCAUGAUGUGAACAAGUUGACAAACUAGAGCUUCACAAGGCCAGACCUUGCAAAGGAACAUGUAAUCCUGGUCUUGCUCUGAAGUACCAAGUUUACUACUCAUUUUUUCUGUUUCACACAUUGUGUGGUGGAUGCUUGUUUAUUGUGGUCUUGUCGGGUAGGGUUUUUGUUCAGAUGAUCGCUGCUUGUUACCACUCCAGGCAUACAUCACUAAUGUAUUUUGUUAGCAAAUGUUAUGCUUCUUCUUUAACCACAAAAGUAAUGGGACAAUAAAAAAAAAAAAAAAUUGGA